AUGGUGCUCAUUGAAGAAAUCUCAAGAAAUAUGAAAUCUCAGCAAGGUGUCUGCAGAUGGCACACAGAUUUUCCUGUGCCUGAAAUUUGUUACCAUGAUCCCGACGCUAUCAUUUGGAACAUGCUCGACAAUCCUGACUUCAAAGGACAAUUUGACUAUGUGCCCUACAUAGAGCUUGAUAAGUCAGGAAAACCUGAUGAAUCUACAGAAGGUGCAAUGUAUUGCCCUGUCAUUGUUGGUAGUGACAAGACCACCGUUUCGGUUGCUACUGGUCAGGUGGAAUACCACCCAGUGUAUUUUUCUAUUGGUGGUGUCCACAAUACUCUUCGGCGAGCGCACCAUGGUGCUGUAGCACCUGGAGCAUUUCUGGCAAUCCCUAAGGCUGCUCACAAGUAUGAUAAAGAUCCCGAGUUUCACAGAUUCAAGAGACAGCUAUACCAUGCGUCUCUUGCAGCCGUUCUGAAGUCUUUGCACCCAGGGAUGACCACCCCUGUUAUUACCCUGAACAAGUUCUCCUGGCAGGUAUCGUUCAGGGUUGGUGUCAAGGGGCAACCACCCGAGCAUCCGGUUAGGACAACUGGUCCCAUCGGGGUCAUGGGAGUCAACAUGUGCAAUCCCAAAAUGAUUGUCACACCCACGCUCAUUUAG